AUGUGGGGAAAGCUUCACCAAUUUGCCAAUGAGUUGAUGGCACCUAUUGAUGAUGAAGAGGAGGAAGAUCAAGAAUACUAUGAUCAUAACAAUCAAAAGCAUCAACAACAACAUCAUCCUCAACAAUCUAACAAGGAAGAUGCCUUCUUCUCUCAAACCUUCCUCACUCAACCACAAACAUCACUCCAUCAUCAACAACACUCACACCAUCAACCACAACAGCAACCACAACUCGUAAAUCAUCAAAGUAAUCACAAGAGAACUUCAUCUUCAGCCAGUUUUGGUGGUCAAACCACAACCUCCCGAGAUUCACCAGUCUUUAUGCAACACUCUGCUUCCUAUCAGCAUUUACCAAGUGCUGCUGGAACAAGUUAUUCAAGUGCUACUACACUCUCUUCCUCUCCUCCAAAUUUUAGUUAUCAACAACAACAAUCAAACUUUAAAUCCUCCCUUUUGGAAACUGCAACAACCUUCUUUAAAUCAAGUGCAUCACCUUCAAGUCAACAGGCAACUACUUCCACCACUAGAACUCAUUCUCCAUACAGUGACCAUUCUGUUUCGAUUAAAUCACCAAUGGACAAUGUAUCGGAUGGUGGUAUUUCAGGUACAACAUUUCCAAUUCCAUCCUCUAUUAUAACAGGUCAACAAAUGCAACAAAACAAUGUAAAACAAUCGAGCAUUUCCACUCCAGUGAACCAACAACAGACAGUUCCUCCUCCACAAAUUCCUGGUUUUCUUUUGAGUGGCUAUAAAUCAUCACAGACAGAGGUAACCAAAUCUGAUAAUCCAAAUUAUAUUCAUGUAAAAUUAUGUGUCGGAGAGGAAAUUACUUACAAUGAUCAACAUGUGGAAUAUUUACAAAGUCAAAUUACUUAUUUACAACACGAGAUUGCUAAUCAAGCUGAUAGAUAUGAAAAGGAAAAGAGUGAUUUGAAACACUUGUUGGAAAAUACUCAACAUGCCUGUAGGGAACAACAUUUAAAAUUGAACGAAUAUAUUGAACAAAAUAGAAGACUCGAGUAUGAUUUACAACAAACUAAUAUGAAUGCCAGUGCUCACAUUUCAAAAUUAGAAUCAUCAAUUAAUGAGUUGACAAAUCACAAGAAACAAUUAAUUCAAACAAUUAAUGAUCAGGAUGUUAAGAUGCAACAAAUAUUAACAGAACUCCAAAAGGAACAAGCUAAUUCCAGACAAUAUCACUCUGAAUUGGAAAGAGAAAGAUCAACAGCAAGAAAUGUUGAAAGUCAAAACUCAGAAGCUAUGAGAUUGUUACAGGAACGUGAAAAAGAAUUGGCUGAUUUGGAGCUAGCUCUUGAGCAAUUACAAAUGCUCUCUGGAAAGGAAGGUUCCAAAUUGAAACAAGUAAUCAAACAAAAGGAUGAGGAAAUUUCAGAAUUGAAAGAAAACUCUAUCAAGUUGUCUCAACAAGUUUCUGAAUUGGAUAUGCUGAGAGUCCAAGUUGAACAAUAUAAGGAGAAGAUUAAUGACUUGGAAAGUUCCUCUGCCUUAACCAACGAUUCAAGCAAUAGUCCAUGUAAGUUUUACUAUUACUUAGGAAACCUUAUCGAGAAUAUUUAG